GGGGGCUUUUAUUAAAAUUUGAAGAAGGAAGAAGAUUGAAUGUUUUUCUGUCGAGAUAGAUGUUAGUUGGUUUUCUGAUCAACAGAAGUGAGGAAAGCUUGCUUGAUUUCAAAAUUUUCAAUCACAGAGUGUGAAAUUGUUGGUCUAGGAAGUCGUAUAAAGUUUUAUGGACGGAUGUGGUUUUGUGGGUUUUCUAUUAUAGAGAUUGAAUUGAAUUUUCAAGAAUCAGGGUUUUCAAUUUAAAUGUUCUUGUGAUAAGUUUGUUAAUACGGGAUUGAGGUGAGUGGAGAUUUUGAAACUGUAAGUUAAGUUGAUGAAUUUGUAAUGAAGGUCGAAAAGGGAUCUGUGGAGAAGAUGGAAGAGAAGAAUAAUGUAUUGGUCGGGAUCCGAAUCGACAGCGAUAGCCGAGAGUUGCUCAAUUGGGCCCUCAUCAAAAUUGCAGAACCGCGCGAUCGUGUAAUAGCUGUUCAUGUUUGUCGAGAUUGGGGUCCUUGUUCGAAAGGGAAUUCGGCUGCCACUGUCUGCUUGAUAAAAUCAUUAGAUGAUUAUUUAGCUGUAUAUCAAGGUCUCUGUAGUGUGAGAAAGGUUGAUCUUGUAGGUCAGGUCUCGCGGGGCAAUUCAAUCAGGAAAGUUCUGGUGAGAGAGGCAAAGCUUUGUGGAGCGACAGUGGUAGUUGUAGGAAUGAGCAAGCACAACACUUUCGGGGAUUCGCUUUCACUUGUUCGGUAUUGUGCCAAGAGGUUGCCACCUACUAUUUCAAUCCUCGCAAUUAACAACGGAAAGGUCAUUUUUCAGAAGGACGCUACAAAACAGUUGUCAGGUCCAGAAAGAGAUCUGAGGCGGCCGAGCCUUCAUAGUAUACUACAUCCAAGCCUAUGUGUAGAUGCAAAAGUUAUCAUUCCCAGUCACAAAGAAGAACCUGAUAUUGGAGUUUCUUCUGUGUUGGAGACUGGGAAUCCCAUUCCCAAUACAGUUCUCAACUCCGAUGGUGGAUUAACCAAUGGUGUUGGAGACGUAAAAGAAAUAGAAGUAGAACAGGAUUCACCACUCACAGAAAAGGAUGAUGCAACGAAAACUGACAAUAAUGAAACCAGAAGCUCAUCUUCAUCUGCAUGUCAAAGCGCUGUUGAUUUGGAAUCUUUGAAAGAAGUUGAAGAUGACCAUUUCUACCCUGCUCUUGAACCGCCAAUCAAAGUCACUUCGAGCUCAAUUUCUCAUCUCAUAAGAAAGCUACCGGAGUCUAAGCCUGGUUGGCCCCUUCUCCGAAAAGCAUCCUCAGCAGGUUCAGAAGUUCUGAAAGAAAAAGAAGCCAGGCAAAUGUCUGUGGUUGAAUGGGUUAUGCACCUUCCAAAUAGAUCUUCCUCAUUGACUCCUCUACUUCAGAUUGGUUCGGAUAAAAUGCAGAAUCCUAUUGGAAGAGCAAUAUCAGAGUGCAGUGAUAAGAGUUAUAAAAACUGUUUGUCCUCAUGGUUUGAGAUGCCUAAGGAGUUGGAGACAAUACUAAUAACUAAUUCCUCUAGCUGUAGAUGGUUCACUCGUAAGGAGCUUCAGAGUUCAGCCACUCCAUUCUCUAAAGAAAAUUUAAUCGGGAAGGGAGGAUCUAGCCAGGUAUACGAAGGGUGUCUUCACAAUGGCCAGCCAGUGGCAGUAAAGGUAACAAAAUCUUCCAAAGAAGCUUGGAAGGAUUUCCUUUUAGAAGUUGAUAUCAUCACUAGCUUGCAGCACAAACACAUACUAUCCCUCGUCGGUGUCUGCAUAGAAGAAAAUGAUCUCAUCUCAGUUUAUGAUUUCUUAUCCAAAGGAAGCCUAGAAGAAAAUCUUCAAGGUAAAGGAGAAAUUUCUGUAUUACCUUGGGAGGUGAGGUUUAAGGUGGCUGUCGGAGUUGCAGAGGCUCUAAAUUACCUACACAGUGACUGCUCUCGGCCAGUCAUUCAUAGAGAUGUGAAAUCUUCAAAUAUUCUUCUCUCCGACAAAUUCGAGCCCAAGUUAUCUGAUUUUGGGCUUGCAAUAUUGGCUCCAGCAACUUCAACAUAUGUGACACACAGCGAUGUUGUCGGGACCUUUGGGUACCUUGCUCCCGAGUAUUUCAUGUAUGGGAAGGUCAGCGACAAGAUAGAUGUCUAUUCCUAUGGAGUGGUACUCCUUGAGCUGUUAUCUGGAAGAAAGCCCAUCAGCACUGAGGGUCCCAAGGGCCAAGAGAGCUUGGUUAUGUGGGCGACACCGAUUCUAGAGAGUGAGGAUGUGACGGACCUAAUGGACCGAAAUCUGGGUGGUGAUUUCAACGAGAAUCAAAUGCAGAGAAUGGUUAUGGCGGCGUCUCUUUGCAUUACCAGGACAGCUAGGCUCCGUCCCCGGAUGAGUCAGGUAUUGAAGCUUCUGCAAGGAGAUGAAGAUACCAUGAAGUGGGCCAUGUCUCAAGCCAAUGAUCCUGAGUUGGAUAAUCAGGAUGAAGAAGCAUAUCCAGCCCCAAGGGUGCAGUCCCAUCAACUGGGCCUCACCUUGCUCGAGGGUGAUGAUGAUACAUCCGUCAGCAGCAUAGAACAAAACAACCAUCGGUCCUUGGAGGACUUCUUGAGAGAGCGAUGGAGCCGUUCAUCGAGCUUCGAUUAGACUCAGCUUAAUUUUAACUCAUUUGAGGAUGAAUUUGGCUGCCAAUUUGGUUAGGGACAUGGAACAUGUCGCAAUAAUCCUGUACAAUCAAAAGCUCCAAAAGAGAUGUAGAGUUUUCCUCUAAAGCUUGAGAGGCGGAGGAAAAAAAAAAAAACCAUAAUAAUAUGGAAGUAAAAAAAAGAAGUCAAUGUAAGAUAGUUUCUAUCAAAGAAUGUCGUUUAGCUGCUGCAAGCGGCAUUGUAUAUGCAUUCAAAGGUGGCGUGCUAGUAGUUAGAAGCAUGGCUUUGAGUUAGUUAACAAAAUGAAUUCAAUAUUGGCGUGCCUGAAGUUGGAAAAUGGUUUGAUUUUUGGAAUACGACCACUGCGAUCCAUCAUUCGUCAUCCUAGUUUGACAAUGGCCAGUAAAAAAGACUGAUAUGAAACCCCACCAAAUUAUAGUUGCUUAAUGGUAGGUUAUCAGGUGUGGAGAGCUCACGUGCACGGCAUAACCAGCUGCUAUUGGAGGAGAGUUUUGGGAGAAAAUGACCUCCCUGACGUAUUUUAUAAAGAAAACAGUAUGGUGGUGUCGCUAAAUGAACACCAAAAAAAUUUUAAAAUUUAAAAUAAAUAAAUAAA